CUCACUGUCAACAACCUCCCAUCCUGAAGACACGCUUACCACAACUGAGGGAGUGGGGAAACAGUUUGAGACCUAGCAUCAGUUAAACCUCCUCCACAGGCAGAAAAGCCAGAAGAGAAAAAUGAAGACCGGACAUUUUGAUAUGGUCACCAUGCUGCUGGCAGCUAUGAUUCUAAUGGACAUUUUCCAGGUGAAGGCUGAAAUGUUAGACAUGGCAGAUAAUGCAUUUGAUGAUGAAUACCUAAAAUGCACUGACAAAAUGGAAGUCAAAUAUGUUCCCCAAUUGCUCAAGGAGGAAAAAGCAAGCCAUCAGCUCUUGAAGGAUGUGUGGGAAAAUGCAGAAGCCAGAUGGGAAGCCCGGAAGACUCGCAUCUUUCUCCCUAUGAGUUUUAAAGAUAACCAUGGAAUAGCACUGAUGGCAUAUGUUUCUGAAGCUCAAGAGCAGAGUCCCUUUUACCAUAUGUUCAAUGAAGCUGUGAAGACGGCCGGCCUAUCUCGAAAAGAUUAUAUCUAUGACUUCCAGUUCAAAGCUUUUCAUUUUUAUCUGACAAAAGCCCUGCAGUUGCUGAGAAGACCUUGUGAGGACAGUUACAAAACUGUGGUGUAUAGUAUAAGCCAGGAUGUCUCAUUUACAUUUGGAGGGCUAAACCAAGCCAGAUUUGGCCAUUUCACCUUGGCGUAUUCAGCCAAACCUCAAGCUGCUAAUGACCAACACAUUCUGUUAACCAUCCACACAUGCUUUGGAGUUGCUAUAGAAAAUUUUUUUGAUAACGAAAGUGGAAGAAUUAUUUUAAUACCUCUGAAUGAGAUUUUUAAUGUGUCACAGGAUGGAGCCAGCAAUAACCUUAUCCUUCAAAGCACAAACAAGACCUGCAGCCAUUAUGAGUGUGCAUUUCUAGGUGGACUAAAAACUGAAAAUUGUGUUGAGAACACGGAACAUCAUCUACCCAUCUAUAUCUACAACCUUGGUGAGAAAGACCAGAACCUUGAAGACCCUGAAAUGAAAAGCCAGGAGUCCACUGUCUUAUUUGGUAUGACAAGCCAUGAACCCACCCAAAUACCUGGAAUGAAAAUUCCAGAAAUUUUUUCACUACCAGGUAAGCAGUGGUUGGCAUAUGAGAGAGGAAGCUGCCAAUUUGGGGGGUAUAGUUAUAAUUGUCACCAUUAGAUAAUGCAGGGGAGCCUGAGUACUUUGUACAAGAUCACGUAAGUGAAUAAAGGACCCACGUCUCUUAACUUACGACCUAGUACCCACCCAUUCCUUAAGACUUGUGGUUCUUCAAGUGUUUUUCCAGUUUUAUUUUACCAUGGCAGAUUUAACUUACCUAUAAGAUAUAAUCAUGAAAAUGUCAAAUAGGUAUUUAAACAGUGUGAGGCUGUUGCUGAGAACAAGGCCAUUGAGGGGCCUUGAGCUUCUGUGGCCAGAGAAACUGAACAGUAAUUUCUUUUUUUUUUUUAAUUUUUUA